AUGAGUGCGCCUGGCGGGAGCUGGGAUGCAUCGCUGUCGGCAGCGUAUGAGCAUGCGCAGCGGGCGACCAAGGCGGAGCUUGCACGCGACUACUCGUCCGCGUUUGAGCUGUACGUGCGUUCGGGCCAGCUCUUCCUGCACCUGCUCUCCACCCACCCCGUCCCCGCACACGAUGGCACACGCGAUCGACUCAAGCAGAUGGCCAACAAGGUGACCGCACGCGCCGAGAAGAUCAAGAGCGCCCACAAUGUGCGUCGCGUCGAGCGCGAUGUGCUGAGCACCGAUCAGCAGGCAUCCAUCCUAGCCGCCUCGUCCAAGAUCAACGCGAGACACUUUCCUGCAUGGUCCGAACACAGCUCGACUGUUCAGGCACAGCCCGAGUUAUCGCCGGUUCAGAUCGGAAAGAAGGCACAGUACAAGCGUGCUGGUCAGGUUGCAGGUGCAGAUGCAGGAUGGGGUCGAAGGCUGCGCGGACACGAGAUCGUACAGGACAUUGUAACCGACUGCUCGUUCGUCGCUGCGCUCGAAGCGGCGGCGGAACACGACUUUCUCUUCGGCACCUCCCUCGCCACCUCCUCUCUCCACCCACAAGACGCCUUCGGUCUCCCCUCACCCAGCUCAACGGGUCGAUACCGCGUGAAGCUCCACAUCAACGGCAUCGCUCGAUGCAUCGAGAUCGACGACCAUCUUCCGUACUACCCGCGCGAGGGCGGUGAGCGGAUCAUGGGUGCAUCGUGUCGCAAAGGCCACAGUGUCUGGCCAGCGCUGCUCGAAAAGGCAUACCUCACGCUCAUGGGCGGGUACGACUUCGGCGGAUCCAAUGCGAGCAUCGAUGCGCAUGCGCUCACCGCGUGGGUGCCCGAACAUCUCUUCCUCCGCCACGCCGGGUUUCAGCGCGAAAAGUCCUGGUCCCGCUUUCAUGCCGCCUGGACGCAGGGCAGGUGCUUCGCCACCGUGGGCACGCCCAGCAAGACGCAGGGUGGACUGGUGCCCAGCCAUAAUUAUGCGAUCCUGGACGUGCGAGUAAGCGCAAGCCAGAGGUACGUCACACUCAUGAAUCCCUGGCGACACGCAGCACACAACCAUCCCAGCAUUGCGAUCGAUACCAAGCCAGAGGACGAUGUGGUGGAGGCUAUGCAGCGGCUCAAGGUGGAGGAUGGCGCGACGUUUACAGUCACCUGGGACGAUCUCUGCACGCACUUCGACUCGCUCUUUCUCAAUUGGGACCCGAGCUUGUUUGCAAGCACGCUCAGCGUGCAUUCGAGCUGGCGCGCUCCCACGCCGCAGGGUGGGGGAAAGGUCGAUCAGGCGGAUCCGAGGUUUCGGCUGGUGAUGUCCCCAACCCCGGACGCUGGUGGUGAAGGGGAGGAGGUGUGGAUGUUGCUUACGCGGCACAUUACCAGCACGCACGAUCGACCCAACGCCGAGCCAGCGCACGAGGCAGAGUACAUUGCAGUGCACGUGUUUGAAGACGACACGUCGCGCGGCGAGCCAUCUUCGCAGCCUCUGGGGCAAGCGCGGCAAGUAGGGGCCUAUGUGGACGGUACGCACUGUCUGGUGCGCUUCAAACCCGCACCUUCUCGCAACGGGGAUGUGGCUGAGCGAAGUUUCACCGUGGUGGCGUCAAGGCGUACGUCGCGCGCGGUGGAGACGCGGUAUACGCUUUCGAUCUACUCGCACCACGCCGUAUCGAUGUCGCAAGUGCGGACGCAUCUGGCGUUUCGCGAGUCGCUCUCUGGCGCAUGGACGAGUCGCACAGCGGGCGGCAAUGCGACACUACCCACGUUCAUGUCGAAUCCGCAAUACACACUCACCAUCCCCGGCGCGGACGAGGUGCAGUUGAGUCUAACGCUCGAAUGUUCCGAUCGACGGGUACCCGUACAGUUGCUGCUGGCGUAUCCAGGUACCGCGAGGGGAGGUCGUGUGACGAGUCUCACCCAAGGCGAUGUAGUGCUUUCGAGCGGCAUGUAUCAUCACGGCCUUGCACUGUGCAACACCUCGAAUCCGGGUCGAAAAGGUCUGCGUCCCGGGAUCUACACCCUCAUCGCAUCGACGUUCGAAGCAGCCACAACCGCCGAUUUUACUCUGAACAUCGAAUCGACCCAUCCAGUCCAGCUCAAGCCGAUCCCACAAGAAGGUGCAGGAAUGUUCCACAGACGCAUCACGGCAAGUUGGACGCAAAGCAACGCAAAAGGUUCGCGUGGCAAUGAGGGGUACGGCAACAAUCCGAGUUGGCGCCUUGUUGUUCCUCCCCCCGGAAUGACCGCACUGGUGGCAAGGAUCAAAGCCAACCCGACCCAAGACAGCGUACGACCCUACGUCAAUCUAGCACUGUACGACGACAAAGAGGUGGCCAAUAGCGGCGCAUACACCGAUCUACCCUGUGGCGCCGCGCUCGAUACACUGCUCAAGCCAGGAUCCUACACGCUCGUCGCUUCGACGUACAAGCCCGACGUCCACGCUGCAUUCCACAUCGACCUGUACACCGCCGUUCGAUGCGACGUCACACCUCUCUAG